AAUGCAAAUGUAAUAAUGUCAUUUGUAAUUUGUCAUUUGAGAUGCUACUUGAAGCUGGGCCAGUGGCAGGAGAGCCUGCAGGGCAUCAACGAGCAGUCGAUCCCAGCUGUUCUUCAGUACUACGCCGCAUCCACCGAGCAUGACAACUCGUGGUACAAGGCGUGGCACGCCUGGGCAUACAUCAACUUCGAAACCGUCCUCUUCUACAAGCACCAGCAUCAGGCCAUAGGAGAGCCGCCCACCCCACGUGCCGCCGCCCCUCUGCCAAGCAACCAGUACAUCACCAAGUUCACGGUGCCGGCGGUGGAGGGCUUCUUCCGGUCGAUCGCCCUGUCGCACGGCAGCUCGCUGCAGGACACCCUCCGUCUGCUGACUCUCUGGUUCGACUACGGCCAGUGGCCCGAGGUCUACGACGCCAUUGUUGAGGGCAUUCGCAGUAUUGAGAUCGACACUUGGCUGCAGGUGAUUCCGCAGCUGAUAGCCCGCAUCGACACGCCGCGUGCGUUGGUUGGCCGCCUGAUCCAUCACCUGCUGAUGGACAUAGGCAAGCAUCACCCGCAGGCGCUCGUCUACCCACUAACUGUCGCCAGCAAGUCCAACAGUCUGCCGCGCCGCAAUGCCGCCAACAAAAUUCUCAAAUCCAUCUGCGAACACAGCCAACUGCUCGUGCAACAGGCUAUGAUGGUAAGCGAUGAACUGAUUCGCGUUGCAAUCUUGUGGCAUGAGUUGUGGCACGAAGGCCUCGAAGAAGCAAGUCGGCUCUACUUUGGAGAGCGCAAUGUGAAGGGCAUGUUCGAUACUCUCGAGCCUCUGCAUGCGAUGCUCGAAAGAGGACCUCAAACUCUCAAAGAAACUUCAUUCAAUCAGGCGUACGGUAGAGACCUGGUGGAGGCGGUGGAGUGGUGCCACCGGUACAAGGGCUCGGGCAACGUGCGCGACUUGAACCAGCGUGGGACCUCUACUACCACGUGUUCCGGCGCAUCUCCCGCCAGCUGCCACAGCUGACCAGCCUCGAGCUGCAGUACGUCAGUCCCAAGCUGCUGGUGAGCCGCGACCUCGAGCUGGCUGUGCCUGGCUCCUACUGCCCCGGUCAGCCCACUGUGCGCAUCGCACACAUUCAGAGCUCACUGCAGGUCAUCACCUCCAAGCAGCGCCCGAGAAAGCUAUGUAUCAAAGGUCAGACACUUCUAUUCAACCU